UAUGCCAUAUCAACCAAUCACAAAGCCAUAGUUUUGUAUCUCAAAAUCUCUAAGCUUUGGUAACAUAAGAAAAUCUAUAUGAUAUGGCUUAUUCAUCAUGUACUCUUCUUCUCAUUAUACUUUGUUUCCAUGCAAUUGAAGCUCAACCAUUGCAUACAGCAAAGUUACUUAUAAAUGCUUCUAAUAAAUUAGGGAAGCAAAUUCCUGAGACCUUUAUGGGAGUUUUCUUUGAGGAGAUUAAUCAUGCUGGUGCUGGUGGAUUAUGGGCGGAACUUGUGAGCAAUAGAGGUUUUGAAGCGGGAGGAAAAAAUGUUCCAUCAAAUAUUGGUCCUUGGACAAUAAUUGGAGAUGAAUCAUCGAUACAUGUAUCGACUGAUCAAACCUCAUGUUUCGAACAUAACAAGAUUGCAUUGAAGAUGGAGGUAAAUUGUGAUAGCUCCAAUUCAUGUCCACUUGAUGGUAUUGGUAUUUCUAAUCCUGGAUUUUGGGGCAUGAAUAUUGAGGAGGGGAAGAAAUACAAAGUGGUUUUUUAUGUUCGUUCAACAUCAAGAAUUGAUCUUAAAGUUUCAUUUGUUGGAUCAAAUGAUGGUGUAAAGCUGGCUUCAACUAACAUCAAGUUAGGUAAUGAUGUAAAUGCAUCAACAUGGAGAAGAGUGGAGCAUGUGUUUGAGGCCUAUGCAACUAAUCAUAAUUCAAGUCUUCAAAUAACAACAAAUGAAAAAGGAGUGGUGUGGUUAGACCAAGUUUCAGCUAUGCCUUUGGACACAUACAAGGGACAUGGUUUCCGUAAUGAUCUAUUUGAAAUGGUGGCAGCACUGAAACCAAGAAUAUUUAGAUUUCCAGGUGGUUGUUAUGUUGAAGGAAAAUGGUUAAGAAAUGCAUUUAGAUGGAAAGAAACAAUUGGAGCUUGGGAGAAUAGGCCUGGACACUUUGGUGAUGUUUGGGGUUAUUGGACAGAUGAUGGAUUUGGUUUUUUUGAGGGUCUCCAACUAGCAGAGGACCUUAAUGCAUUGCCAAUAUGGGUUUUUAAUAAUGGUUUCAGCAUUUAUGAACAAGUUAAUAUCUCUGCCAUUUCACCAUUUGUACAAGAAGUCCUUGAUGGUAUUGAAUUUGCAAGAGGAAGUCCCACUUCAAAGUGGGGUUCUAUUAGGGCUUCUAUGGGACAUCCUAAACCUUUCGACUUAAGAUAUGUUGCGGUUGGAAACGAAGAAUGUGACACACAACAAAACAAAUUUAUCUAUGAAGGAAAUUAUCCAAAGUUCUAUGAUGCAAUCAAACGUGCCUACCCAGAUAUCCAAAUUAUCACAAAUUGUGAUGCAUCUAAGGAACCAUUAAACCACCCUGCUGAUUUGUAUGAUUAUCAUCAAUACCCAAAGUCUUCCAAUUAUAUGUUUAACUUGGCUCAAGUGUUUGAUCAUGCCUCCCGAAUUGGUCCAAAGGCCUUUGUGAGUGAAUAUGCUAUGACGGGAAAAGAAAGUGGAAGAGGAAACCUUUUGGCUGCAGUAGCAGAAGCUGGAUUCCUUAUUGGAUUAGAAAAAAACAGUGAUCUUGUCGAAAUGGUUAGCUAUGCACCACUCUUUGUGAACAACAAUGACCAAAAGUGGAACCCUGAUGCAAUUGUAUUUAAUUCUCACCAAGUUUAUGGAACUCCAAGCUAUUGGGUGCUUAGCCUAUUCAAGGAAUCAAGUGGAGCCACAUUUCUAAAUUCAACCCUUCAAACUAAUUCUCCUACACUUGCUGCUUCUGCAAUUUCAUGGAAAGAUUCUAUAAAUGGUAAAUCAAUUUUGAGAAUAAAGGUUGCAAACAUGGAAAGCCAAACAGUGAAUAUUGUGAUUUUUAUUGAAGGGUUGGAGUCAAGUGUGCAUCUUUCCUGGCCAAGAAAAACAGUGCUUACAUCAUCCAAUCCAAUGGAUGAAAAUUCAUUUUCAAACCCAAAUAUGGUGGUGCCAAGAGAAAGUAUACUUGAUUAUGCUGGCAAGAUCAUGAAUUUCCAAAUUGAUCCACUUUCAGUGACAUUGUUUGAUAUGACAAUGUACUAAAUAAUUCAUAAGAAUAUUUUGUUAUGAGUAAGAAAGAAAGAGUUGUGUUCUUCUUCUUUUGACAAAAUGAAUAUGAGGCAUGGAUUUAUUUGAGUUUAUAGAGUUUGAUAUGUCAAAAA